AGGAUGGCUACCUGUGACUAGAAGAGACUGAUAAAUUUGCUAAAGGAGGUCUUCAUUUUAGAAAGAACAGAGGAUGGGAAAUUCCUUGGCUGGGAAUAAGUACCAGGAGCUGAUGUUCUGGCUCACACGGCCUUUAUCGGCUUUCAUCAUUUUAGGCAACCUCUUUAUCAUUGUUGGGAUCAUCUGCAACCGCAAACUCCAUGGUGCCAUCAACUGGUUCUUCCUAAGCCUUCUUUUUGCUGAUCUUCUGGCUGGGGCAGCCCUUCCAACUCUUCCACAACUGGCCUUUGAAAAGCAACGGGGGUACCACCUUUGCUUCUUCAUCCAUGUCGCACCCAAUUUCUUCUUUCUCUCUUUCUUAGCCAAUCUGCUAGUGGUACACUAUGCCAAGUAUGUGUGCAUCAUCCACCCAUUACACUACCGCAAGUCCUGGGUGUAUCGCUGGGCCGCUUUUUACAUACUCUUGGCCUGGACUGCUUCUUUGACCUUCGCUGGCCUCCCACUCAUUUGGAACCAGUGGCAACCCGAUCUCAACUGUUCCUUCCUCCUCGUCUUCCCCAUGCCUUACCUCUACUUAGAGACCUAUGGACUCCUCAUUCCCACCAUCCUUGCCAUGGCCUUCAUGUGCAUCCGAGUGUUGUGUGUAGCCCGAAGGCAACUGAAGAACAUUACAAAACUCCUUCGUUCAGUGAAUCGAGGCCAGGCCUCUUCGGGACUGGAGCAGCGGCUGGAACUGAAGAAUUGUAAGGGCAUUGCUGGUAUGUCCCUCAUCUUCUUGGUCUGCUGGGUUCCAUAUGUUGCUUGCUUGAAUAUUUCAUUGCUAGCCAUAGAGUACUACCCUGUAAGUUCCCUCACUCUCACUAUUGUCACCUGCCUAGGCAAUGGCAGUGCAGCCGCAGUGCCAAUCCUCCUCAGUCUUAGCAAUCACCAAUACAUGGAGUUCUGGAGGGAUGUCGUCUCCAAAGUCUGGGGGAGCUGUUGGCAAGGUCAGAGGUGUGGGCAAAAGCAAGCCAAGCCAACGGCCAAGAUGCUACCUGGUAAACCUUGUGGAACACAAGACGAGUGUCUUCCCAGUGAAGACCCCAAACCCUCACCAGGAACAGAUGAAGCCAAGUGAUGUUUGGAAUUAGCUAUCAGGGUUAGCACAAACCUCUGAAAGAGACUAUAUUAAAGAAUCCUGAUCAAAGUAUUUUUCUACCUAUAUUGGCCCAGAGGACAUAUGAAUA